AUGUCAAAGACUGCUCAGAAGAGACUUUACAAGGAGUUACAACAGUUGAUCAAGGACUCUCCACCGGGGAUAGUCGCAGGACCCAAGUCCGACGACAAUCUGUUUGUGUGGGACUGUUUGAUACAGGGCCCUCCAGAUACACCUUAUGCUGGCGGUGUAUUCAAUGCGCAGUUGGAGUUUCCUAAGGACUACCCGCUAUCUCCACCGAAGUUGACCUUCACGCCUAGUAUUCUACACCCUAAUAUCUACCCGAAUGGUGAAGUGUGCAUAUCGAUCCUGCACUCCCCAGGUGAUGAUCCCAAUAUGUAUGAGUCUGCAGAGGAGAGAUGGUCUCCAGUGCAGAGUGUGGAAAAGAUCCUGUUGAGCGUGAUGAGUAUGCUGAGUGAACCUAACAUUGAGAGUGGUGCCAAUAUUGAUGCCUGCAUUUUGUGGAGGGAUAACAGAGCAGAGUUCGAAAAACAAGUCAAGUUGUCUAUACUCAAAUCACUGGGUUUCUAA